AGGUGAGUUUGCGGGUGGCGCAUGCGCAGGACGCGUGUACUUUUUGUCCCAGCUGGUUCGAGAAAAACAGAGAGCAAAUGGAGGAACUUUGAAGUAUCCGUGCACUCAUUUCUCCGAGCUACAGACGACGCUUUUGCUUUCACUUCAUCGUGGGCAGGCUUUCUGGAGAGGAAGGCAUCCUCGCCAUGGCUUCUGCUGCUGCUCCACCCGCCAAAGGCACGCUGAGAGAGGACCUGACAUGUGCCAUCUGCUGCGACCUGUUCAGGGAGCCGGUCAUGUUGGCCUGUAUGCACCACUUCUGCAGAUCCUGCAUCUCCAGGUACUGGAGAGGAACUCAGGGCCCUGUGACCUGCCCGCAGUGCCGCAAGGAGUUCAGCUCAAAGCACUUUCAGACCAACUACCUGGUGACCGCCAUGGUGGAGAAGGUCCGGGCCACCACCUCGGACACUUACAUCAAGAACCUAGAGAAACAACUGAGAGAAACUAUGGAGAGUCAUCGGCUGAAGAAGGAGGACUUCAUCAACGGUAUUCGCAGAGACAAAGACCAGAUGGAUACCAUAAAGAGAGUCGGAGCAGAUCUGGAGGCUCACGUCAAAGGGGAGUUCAGAGCUCUCCACCAGAUCCUGCUUGAUGAGGAGACCUGCUCGCUGGAGCAGCUAAGGAGAGCGCAGGAGGAGGAGCUGGAGAAGGUCCAGCGCCACCUGGAGGCCACGGAGCUGGCGGUGAGGGAGCUGGAGGACGGUAUAAAAGCGCUAGAGGAGGCUAGCGCUGCCACUAACAACAUCGUACUAGCUGAGCUCCCACAACUGCGGCCGUGUGUGCGGGAAAAUGUCGCCCCAGCGUUUGACGCAAACGCUCUCAGGAACAAAUACAUGGCUCCGUUACAGUACAUCACGUGGAGAAAGAUGUUCAAGUCGUUGAAUCCAGGUCCUUCCCCGCUAACGUUCGACGUGGACACCGCACACCCGAACAUUCACGUCUCCAGGGACAAAACGGCGGCCGUCGAAUGUGACGUCAAGGCGCCGCACGCGGACAGCAACAAGCGCUUCCUGCAGUGCGUCAACAUCCUGGCCGCCCAGGGCUUCCAGUCAGGCCGACACUACUGGGAGGUGGAGGUGGGGUCCAAACCCAAGUGGGACCUGGGCGUGGCGUCCGAGGCCGUGGACAGGCGGACGCGGGUCAAGCUGAGCCCCGAAAGCGGCUACUGGACGCUGCGGCUGCGUGGCGGCGGCGAGUACUCGGCCGGCACGCAGCCCUGGACGCGGCUGCGCCUGGGCUCCUGCCCCCACAGGAUCGGCGUGUUCUUGGACUGCGAGGAGAGGAGGGUGUCCUUCUACAACGCCGAUGACAUGAGCCUGCUCUACUCAUUCGCCAGCGGGCCGCGGGGCAAGGCGUUCCCCUUCUUCAGCCCGUGCAUCAGUGACGGCAGUCAGAGAGCUCCGCCCAUCAAACUGCUCCACCACCCGCCUGUCGCGCUGUGUGGCUGACGGAGCGGCGGAGUGCGCCUUCAGAAGGGCUUUUGCAAGAGCUGCUGUCAUCACUCAGCGGUUAAUUUGGGAGGGUUGUGGUUCUGUAAAACAAGUUUAAAAUUUCAUUCAGAUAGUUAUCUUGCGUUGACGAUCGAAUGUGGCCAGAUGCAUCUAUUUUCUAUCCGAAAUUAACCCUAAAAGACAAACUGGAUUAUUGCAACAACAAAAAAAGCAUUUCCACCGUCUAAUCUGAGGGGGCUUGUUUGAUUUAGAGCAGCAGAAACAUGAAAAUAACAAAAUGCUAUAAUGAACCAUUUGAAACUGAAUUAAGAUGCAUCAUUUGAUUUCUUCCCUUAAGCUUGCUCGUAAACAGGUCUAAUGAUCACCAUCGAUUUGCAUCAGUAAGAAGCAUUUGUUCACACUCCGUUGUGAGAUUUAACAUUUUAUCAAAUGGUUAAAUGUUUUAUGUAUGAAAGUAAGGCGUUUAUCUUUUUUAUGAUUUAAGUUUUAACACUUUAAUGUAACUUUCCAACAACUUGUUAGCUGCUCGGAUUACUUUUUGCAGUUCCUGUUGAAAUAUCUUUAUUUGUACAUUAUAUAAUGCAUGUGCCUGAAUUUGAACAUUGGAUACAAUGUACUUUGCUUUGUAUUGCUCAAUGACAUAGCAUAAAUAUAUUUCCGUGCAGUGUCCUGUCAUUGCUGUCUAUUUACGUUUUUGCGAUUGCAUGUUUGAUCAUUUCCUGAUAAAAGACCCAAACAAUAUCUGCAAAAGCUGCUGAUGCAUAAAAUAAAUCAAUCCCUUUGUCUUCCUUAAAUAAACAUUGUCCCUGCA